UCUGUUUGCGGCAGAAACUACAACUCCCAGAUGCCACCGCAACACCUCUGGUCGCCGUGGGCGAACCAACGGCUCUGGAGGCCCGGGUUAACUGGGAACGUCCAUCUGUCUACAGGUUGUUUACACUCCCAUUCUCAACCUUGGCUUUGAUUGGAGUGGCCCUUCUGUCCUGAGAACUUUUCAUCACAGUCCUUGUUCCUGUGAAUUUCAAGUUUGAAUUUAUAUCUCAUCAAAAAAAAAGUCUUCAUCUAAAAGUUGGUUAAAUGGGGUUCAGACAUUGCAGAAACCUACCAGGAAUGAACAGAAAUCAUCUUUGCAGAAGAGUGGACAAUGGAUUCUGAAUUAUCACCAAGUGUAAUUGGGAGCUAUCUUAACCCUCCAGAAAGAAUGUAUCUUCCAUCGUUCACCCAGAAUGAAGCGUCUCAGAAUUGCCGCCCUGUAAAUUCAGAAGUCACUUCUCCUAAAAUGUUUAAUAGUUCAAACAACCAAGCACUUGUUUCAGCAUUAAAAACGCUCCAGGAAAAGAUCUACCGUCUAGAGCUGGAGCGGACGCAGGCUGAAGACAACCUGAACUCUCUGUCCCGAGAGGCGGCGCAGUAUAAGAAGGCCUUGGAGAAUGAAACAAACGAGCGCAAUCUAGCCCACCAGGAACUGAUUAAACAGAAGAAAGAUAUCAGCAUCCAGUUAAGCUCAGCCCAGUCUCGUUGCGUUCUUCUAGAGAAGCAACUCGAAUACACAAAGAGAAUGGUUCUCAAUGUAGAACGAGAAAAGGCUAUGAUCCUAGAACAACAGGCCCAGCUUCAGAGGGAAAAAGAAGAAGACCAGCUGAAGCUGCACGCUAAGCUUGCCAAGCUGGAUGUCCUGGAGCAGGAGUGCUUCAGACUGACAGCCACUCAGCAGACUGCUGAGGAUAAGAUAAAGUAUCUAGAGGAAAAACUAAAGGAAGAGGAACAUCAGCGCAAGCUCUUUCAAGACAAAGCGUGUGAGCUGCAAACUGGACUGGAAAUCAGCAAAAUUUUAAUGUCUACAGUUUCACAUUCACAGCACUAUAAGGAAAAGAAGAAGCCACCCAAGAAAACUAAGUGUUUAAAACGAGAACCACCUCAGCAGAUGGACCCCAGGUUUAGAGCUCUGUUUUUGGAGAGGGAAAAGAUGGUGCAUCCCCAUGGGCUGUAUUACCUUCAGAAACCUGUUCUAGUCCCUGAGCCGCAGUCUCUCUACAAGGCUCUCAGAACAAGUUCCCAGGCCAAAGUUCUGCCUCUGGACUCAGGAGAACCCGUUUCUACCUGUGACAAUUUGUCUGAACUUUUGAUGGCAAUGCAAGAGGAGCUGGACCAGAUGAUUGUGGAACACAGAGAACUACAGAAACAGAUGCUGCAAGAUGGAAGCCAUUCAGUCUCUGAUGAUGCAGAGCAUGCGCUGGAGCAAUUAGUCAGGAAGAUGGAAAGAAAAGGAGACCAGAUCUCCAAACUCAAGAAGCAUCAAGACAGUGUCCGUAAACUGCAGCAGAGAGUUCAGAGCUCAAGGAUAAAUGAACCUUCUAUCCAUUGGGAGGCUGGCAAACCUAAAGGACCAAAGAAAAAUAGUCCUAGGAAAUGUUUGAAUGAAACUAACCCUUUUCAGAAAAACAGCAGCAUUCAUCCGGUCCAAGUUCACAAUCUGCAGGUGAAACUGAGAAGAGACGACAUCCAGUGGGAACAGUGACAAUAGCAAACGUCACCUUAAAUGAACCUCACCAGUGAGA